AUGAAGAUAAAUCAGGUCGCGCAGUACGUCCUGUUCGCCCUGGUUGCCCAUUUGGUGAAGAGAGUCAAGACCAACAUCCUAGUGAACUGCUUCGGCAUGCUGCACUGCAAAAUAUGCCACAUAGCCAUACGGAACUGCUUCCUAUCUGGGACGAGCAACUUGACAAAGUGUUUGCAGUGCGAGGAGAAGUACUAUAACAUUCAGCCGUGUACCCACCAGACAGAAAACUUCCUGAAGACCUCCAGGGACAAGGGAGCCUUCGUGGAGAUGAAGGACCAUGACUACCUAACGGAUGGCAAGGUAGACGACCUCAUUUCCGAAGUCGUAAAGAUAUCACUGGAGAGGCAGAAAAAUGCAGUGCCGGCAGCAGAAGACAGGAACGAAGAUUUCCACAAGAAAAUCAUGCAGCUCUGUUUGUACUCCAAUUUUAAUGAUAACUACGAAAAUGCGAAGAAGCACACACAGGCAAGUGUAGAAGAGGUAGAAAGGCACAUACAUAAAAUUAUUAACAUGUACAUGCGGGAGAGUAACAACAUGGAGCAUAUUAUUAACUCGCUGAAGAACCCAGCGCUGUGUCUGAAAAAUCCUGCAGAGUGGACGAAGGACAGGGCGGGCUACAAGGACAACGAUGUGCCUUCGGUAGGCAUCAUCCCAGAGAGGAAGCUGUUCAAGCCCUACGAGGUGAAGUCCCUCAUGAGCUCCCUUUACAGCUACAAGUCGAAUUGCAACCGGCAAUUCUGCGAUAGAUUCUCGGACCCCAACGAGUGCGAACACAGCAUCCGGGUCCUCAACCAGGGGACAUGUGGAAACUGCUGGGCCUUCGCCUCCUCGCAAGUAAUCUCCGCCUACAGGUGCAGGAAGGGUCUAGGCUUCGCGGAGCCCUCCGUCAAGUACGUCACGCUCUGCAGAAACAGGCACUCGGAUGACUACGAAGAAAACCCCUUAGGCCACUACAACGAUAACAUUUGUAGAGAAGGGGGACAUCUCUCAUACUACCUGGAUACCGUAGACAAAACGGGGAUGCUUCCUACCUCCUACGACGUCCCAUAUAACGAACCUUUGAGAGGGGCAGACUGUCCUGAGUCCACUGCCAAAUGGGCAAACAUUUGGGAGAAGGUCAACCCAUUAACUAGAAUUCUAAAUGGGUACCUAUACCGAGGGUAUUUCAAAAUCUCCUUUCAUGAGUAUGCAAGAAGUGGAAAGACGCAAGAGCUUAUUAGCUUAAUUAAGGACUACAUAAUGGACCAGGGGUCCUUGUUCGUUUCCAUGGAGGUGAAUGAGAAGCUAAGUUUCGACCAUGAUGGGGAGAAGGUCAUGAUGAACUGCGAAUAUAAAGCAUCUCCUGACCAUGCCUUGACGUUAAUAGGAUAUGGUGAUUAUAUAAAACCUUCUGGAGAGAAAAGCUCCUACUGGUUAAUCAGAAACAGCUGGGGCUCUCACUGGGGAGACAAAGGAAACUUUAAAGUUGACAUGUAUGGUCCUCCCAAUUGUAACGGUGCAGUGCUGUGCAAUGCCUUCCCUUUAUUGCUCCAAAUGAAUGGGAAGAAAAUUACCAAGCCGCUUCCUAAAGACUUAGCCUCUACAGACAACAAGGUCCGCUACGAUCACUCAAUCUUUAAUAGAGACAAUAACAGAGCGCAGUCCAGGAGGUACAACCAGAAUAGAGAACAGGACCGACCCAAUGGCCGGGCAGAUAACAACCCCUUUGAUAACCCCAAGUAUAAUGAAAUAUAUGAUGACGAUGACAGGGACGCGCCAGCUUUUGAUCCCUUCAGGGGGGACUACGUCUACCCCCACAUGGAUAAUGCCAACGGCGCGGAGCGCGGCAACGAGGGCAUGAAUGACAACCGCGGAGGAAAAAUCCGCCGAAAGGUGUUCAAGACCUCCCUCGUCGUCACCAUCGGGGACACGCAGUUCAAGCGGGACAUCUUCAUGAAAAGAAAGGAAGAGUACAAGGAGCAGCACUCCUGCCUGAGGACCUACUCCCUGGAUUCCCUGGCAGACGUCUCCUGCAGGAACAACUGCGAGCAGUAUAUUGACCUGUGCAAGCACUACACGUCCAUCGGCAGGUGCCUCAUGCGCUUUGCGAACAACUAUAAGUGCGUCUACUGUGGAAUGUGA